AUGAAAUCUCGUUUAAUCAAAGCUACGCCUUCAUCAAUUGAUCACCAUUCAUCAAUAGAUAAAACCAUUAAUUUAAAAAUUCGUGCAACUUUAAAUAAUGCUCAAUCGGAAUCAGGAGAAAAAUAUUUUAAUUGGGUUCGAAAAACACAACGUCCUAUGGAAUUUUUGCGAGGCAAACGUCAUUGGUUUUUUGCAAAGGAGGCUAAAAAUGAUAAGAAUGCUGAUUUAAUGCCUAAUAUGAAGGCAAGAAAAAGUUUAUUAAUACAAAGACUAUGGGGACCGGCUCCAGCUAGACAACGUCUGUCGUUAGUAAAGAAUUAA